UAGCUAACUAUCUUGUAGGUAAGACGAUGGGCUCUGGUAACAAAACUAAGCGACUCGCGAUUUUGAAUGUCAUUGGUCGAAUAUAUUUUAUGCUUUUUUUUACUUUCACUGGAUUAUUUUAUUAUAUGUAUUUCACUACACAAUCGAAUAGUAAUUAUUAUAGGGAAUGAUAAUUUGUAUGAUUUGUAUUGAAUCUAUAUUUGUUUGGCGCGCAGCUAGUCGCCAGCUCGUCGCCACUAGCUACGCCAUUUCGGUUUAAUUCCAUUUCCAUGUCUUGCACGAUAAAGUCCGUCGAAGAAUAUGUUACGUAGUAAUAGUAAUAGUAAUAGACGUAGCGUAUAGUAGAAAAUGAAUGUUAUGUCGUACCAUUAAUUUAUUUUUGUAACGCGUUGGAUUUUUAAGCGAGUUAACCUUCUUUCUAUCGAAUGAUCUUUGCGUAUACACACAUUGCUGUUUGUCAGCGUUUUAAGAUGGCGGACUUGAACGAGAAGUUGUUAACAGAACUCCUAAAAAAACCUGGAAAUAAUGUGUGCGCGGAUUGUGGAGCAAAGAGUGAGUGUGUUAUUCGAAAAGUUUUAAAUACAUUUCUGUACGAAACACAUCAUCCGGAAUGGGCUUCUUAUAACAUUGGAAUAUUUGUGUGCACCAGAUGUGCAGGUAUUCAUAGAUCGAUGGGUGCACAUAUUUCCAAAGUUAAACAUUUAAAACUGGACAGGUGGGAAGAUUCUCAAGUGAAUAGAAUCAGAGAAGUCGGUAAUGUGGCGGCUAGACUUCAUUACGAAGAACGUGUACCACCUUGCUAUCGCAGACCAAGUUCGGAUGCGCCGCAAGUAUUGGUGGAACAAUGGAUAAGAGCAAAAUACGAAAGAGAAGAAUUUUGUCAUCCAGAAAGGCAGAAUCAUUAUGUUUCAGGAUUCAUGGAAGGAUUUUUAAUGAAACGAGGUAAAGAAGAUUCGCGUUAUCAUCCUCGAAAGUUUGUUCUUUGCGAAGCGGAAGAUACUCUCAAGUAUUACGUCAAAGAAAACAAGGAACCUAAAGCUGUUCUUAGAAUAUCGGAAUUAAAUGUAGCUUUUGCUCCUCCCAAAACUGGUAAUCAAAAUAGUCUACAAAUAUCGUUCAUGAAAGAUGGUACAACGAGACAUAUCUACGUAUAUCACGAAGAUCCUGAAGUGAUUACAAAUUGGUAUCUAGCGAUACGAUGCGCAAAGCUACAUCGUUUAAAAGUUGCGUACCCAGGUGCAACAGAAGCCGAAUUACUCUCGCAACUUACCAGAGAUUUUCCACGCGAAGGGUUUUUGUGGAAAACUGGACCUAGGCAUACGGAUGCUUACAAAAAAAGAUGGUUUACAUUAGAUGGACGAAAACUUAUGUACCACGAUGAUCCUAUGGAUGCGCAUCCAAAGGGUGAAAUUUUUUUGGGUCACAAUUCAGAUGGAUUUGCGGUGAAGGUUGGAGUGCCUCCGGGUGCGAGAGAUCAGGGAUUUUCGUUUACUCUCGAAACACCGGACAGGACUUAUCUUCUUUCUGCCCAAAGCGACGACGAUAGAACGCAAUGGAUGAACGUAAUUCAAAAAGUGAUAGAUAAGCCACUUACUCCGCAAGACGCGACUGUGGCAGCACGUCUUAUAAGAAAACGCACAGCUAGUGGGACAAUAAAUAUAUUUUCUUCUACAAGGUAGGGCUGGAUCCCUCUUAGGUGCCUUUCCUAAUUGUUAAAAAUCAAUAUUACCUAGACAAACUAAUUGAGCUAUUGUAUCAAGAAAUUAUCGAAGAGGUAGAUUAUUCGAUCUGCAUGGCGAAUGAAUGACGUGUCGUGAUCGCACAAUGCCGUCGAAUCGUAUAUAUAUGUAUAUAUAUAUGCACAUACAUACAUUCAUACAUACACGCACGGUAUAUCAUAACGCGCGCGUCUGUGUGUGUACAUAUAUAACAUUAUAAAAGAAUCUUUUAAUCAAUCAUAAAACCAUUUUUAAUGUUUUCAUAUGACCACUGUUGAUGAAUCUACAAAAAUUAUAAUUCACUAUAUACAUAUAGAUUAUUCAUACUACUGUGUGAAUAUAGUAAUACAGAUACUACUUACCGAAUGUAGUCUAUCGGAUUUUCUAUAUAUCGAAUUCACAAAGAAAUUUUAUAUUAAACGAUUCAAAUUGAUUUCAGUUUUAGAUAGGAAAUUGGUUACUUUCAAUUACAUUAUAAAAUAUCUAAUGGAUACUGGAAAGUUGUAGAGAAUACCUCUGAAUUCAGAUUUAGUGGUUAGAGUUUUAAGAUGAUAUUAUUUUAACGAUGGUCAGAAUUUCGUAUCGAAUAGAGUAGCGAUUGAUAUCAUUGCUAUCGCGAAAGCGCAAUUUAUGGCCAAAGAGACGAAUGUCUCUUACAAUGCGAACAUCGCUCGAGGACAUUCUAAUAUUUCCGUGCAGUAUGUAUAAUAUGCAUGAAACCGAAGAUGUAGUGUAAAUAUAGAACAUGAUACACUGUUCGACGAUACUUGUAUUAUGGAAUGCUUUUCGCUUGCUGUCGAACCAAGCUGACAGUAUUACGCACUAUAUCAUGAAAAAUUUUUACUUCAUAAUAUUGCCUACAUAAUAUUUAUUCGCUCAUAGUUAGAAGCUUACAAUUCUAUAAACACACAUAAUAAUUCUGUUUUUGGAAUUUUUAAGUAAGCAUUACGUAAUACGAUAUAUAAAAGAAGCAACAAAAUUAGGCAAUUUACUAGAGAAUGUAACAAAUGUAUAAAUUUCGUUUCGAGUAUUCGCUACUUGCUCGCAGUGUUUCUCUUUUUAGUUGUAAUCACUGUGAAUUCGUUUAGAUUUUGAAAAUAAAACUAAACACUCAAACAGUAAUAUUUGUAUGCGAAUAAUAAAUUUCUAAGGCCUA